AUGGCCGAUCUUAAGGAGUUCUUGGAAAAACGUGUCAGAGUAAUAUCGACAGAUGCUCGGUUAUUCGAAGGAAUACUACAAGGAUUCGAUAAGUCGACAAAUAUCAUCAUCAGCAACUGUAUCGAGAGAAUCAUCUACGACGAUGACGAAGAGAACCAGGAGAUAGCGUUGGGAUUGUACAUGAUGAGAGGAGGCACCGUGGUUUGUGUUGGAGAGAUAGACGAAGAGGCAGCGCAAGGUGUGGACUGGCUGAGUGUCAAGGGGGAGUUGAAAGGAACAAAGAACCCAUUGUGA